GUAGAGGUAAUGGUAAUUGAUAUACAGUAAGAAAUCCUUUACCCUCCAGUAACGAGGAACGAUGCUUAUUAAUUUUAUAUCAGUUACCGUUACCUCUAGUAACGGAGAACGCUGGUAACGGUAACUGUCACAGCCCUAAUCUCAGUUGAGACGUUACGCUUGAAACAUAAUUCCACAGACUUUUCUUAGGGUUAUGGAACUUUUUGUUCGCUUGAUUAAAUGUUAAUUUAGCGGCAAAGAUCUUAUAUGUUGAAAGUUUCAGCUUUAUAAUGCCUAGUUUCCUUGGAGAACGGACUCCUCAAAGGUAGAGGAGAUGAUAAAUGUACCGAUAUUUUACAAUGUUUCCUCAUUGAUUUUUGUGAGCAGGUAGUCGAGUUUGAUCAGUUCUAUAAAUAUUGAACGAUUGCGAGAUACUUUGUAUAAACUCAGAGACAUAUUUGAUAGAACUGUUCUGAGUUCACUUUCAUCCAAAAAAUUAAAUUUUUAUAUUUCAUUCGAUUCAAUGAAUGUGCUUACAAUCUUGCCCUAUAUUAGAAAACAAGCAUGUGCAUAUAGAAAACAUUUGUACCACCCAUUGAGCACUCCAUUUUCAAGUGGUCGAUAUUUUCAAACUAAAACUUUAAAAAUGAAAACAGAAAAAAAGAAAAAAGAGAAUACUGAUCAUUUUUAACUGAAAGCCCAACAUACAUGUUUCAACGAAAAGCAACAAUAAUCUUUUCUGUAUGUGGCAUCAUUACAAUUGGAGGUUUCGCUGGUGGAGUUGCUGCGGGCAUUUUUCUCAAAGGUAACAGAAAUCGUGAGAUCGUAGUCAACAAUGAAUAGAUAAAUAUUCAUUUUCUUCUAGGUUAUGCUUUGUUUGGUGCUAUUUUUGGCUUGAUUGUCAUGAUAAUUGUACUCUUGGUCCUUGUUACUGUACUAACUGCACUGCAGGUUCGUUGUAAAAUUAAGCACUAAAAUAGAAGAUUAUUUUUCAAUCUCGUUUUAAGCAUUCAAAUCGAGUUGAACAUGAUUCUUUGAAGAUUGAACAUAUUAUUUUAACAGAGGGGAGAAAUAGAAGAAGAUCAUAUCUGAUAAUUUGCGCCGGUUUAAUACUUUCCGCUGUGGGAUUAUUAACCGGUAUAAUUUUACAACUGUUCACAAAAACUUCAUCAUUAUAUAUCAAUCUUAUUGAAAUCGCUUCAUUUCUCGGAGCCAUAUUAGUCUUAUUAAUUAUUAUAUUAUUAGUUCAAUUGAUUCCGUGUAAAAGUAAUAAACGUCGGCAAGAUUUAUUAUUUGAAAAUGUUGUACAUACUCCUGUAGAUUCGACACCACCAGCAAAAUUGGAACGUUCCUAUGCUUUAUAUAAAGGAAGAGAGUCACCAGUACCGUCAAUCACAACAAAUCGUUUAUCCCAACGAAAUCAACCUGCAAAAAAUUCUGAUUAUCGAUCAGCUGAUUUAAAUUCAAAGCGAACGAAUGCAGCACCUAAUAAUCCACCGUAUUACAUUCAACCGGAUAAUAAUACACAAAAGCAAAAAUAUCAACGAUUGCUUCAAGACGUAUCGCACUAUCGCGUAAACGAAAAGGUUUAUGCAUUGAAUUCUAUUAAUGAAUAUGAAUUGGCUACAAUAAUUCAUGCAGAUGUUAUGGGAAAUUAUGAUGUUCAGAUGGAAGAUGGACGCAUGGAAUACAGACAACCUCACACACUUAGAAAAGCGCUACCGUUUAUUUAA